GAUCAGCAUGGUAAUUUAGUUUUUGGCGGGUAGUACAGUGGUGAAACUCAGCGACUGGUAUUAAUCUGAACAGUUCCUCAGAACACUGCCCGUGAAAUAUGCAGUAGAAAAUGCACAAAAAUGCAAUAUCACGCCGCAAAGCUAAUGGGUCGAGUCUGUCACAUAGACGUUGAUUACCAGUAGCUGGUAUUGUGGUGCUCCCGCCCAGAGAUGAGAACAGUAUUCCAUAUGCGGCCGGAUCUGCGCCUUGUAUAAUUCCCACAAUAUAAGUCCCAUUCUAUUAAGCACACCAAGCUUUUUUGAGGCUAUUUUAGCCUUGUCCUCCAAAUGAUCGCAAAACUGAAAGUCACUGGAUAUAUCAACGCCAAAGACCUCGAGAUUUGGCUUCACAUCAAGAAGAGUGUCUUCAAAUGGAGGAGACACGAUAAAUGGAUUCUUUUUAGCGAAACAAUAUGUAAAAGAAACGAAAGAUGGGUAAAAUGUCCACCACUGUUAUGUAUUCCACUAAAUUGCUCUGAAGUGGGAUAUCCUGUACCAUGUCCAUCACUUGGUCCAGAUAGUGAAUGUCCUGGAAAAGCAGCCUGUAUAUGUAAGGAAGGCUAUGUAAGAAAUAAAAAAGGAAUUUGUAUACCUAUAAAAGAAUGCCCCUCUUGUGGUGGGGAUCCCCAUGCAGAAUCAGGUUGCGGAAUCAACUGUGGAAGGCUUUGUUCUAACUACGAUAAGGGUCCCGUCGCAUGUGCCGCUGUUUGUAUGAUCAACGGGUGUGAUUGUAAAGAGGAUUAUGUUUACGAUGUAAAUUUGAAGAAGUGUGUUUUGCCAGAAGAUUGCUCACCUGUUUGUGGCACUAAUGAAGUAUUUUCAAAAUGCGCUAACGGUGGUUGCGGAAAAUGGAAUUGCACUCAAAUUGGGGGACCAGAUCUUUGUAUAGAUCCUAUUAAAUGUGAAAAUGGGUGUGUCUGUCGGGACGGAUACUUACGGGCACGUAAUGGUACCUGUAUAGAAGAAAAUGAGUGUUUAGAUGAUGUAUGCCCAAAUGAAAGAGAGAUUUAUGACCUAUGUCCAUCUACAUGUCCUCCAAGGAAAUGUGGCGUAGAUGAGCGUAUUAUUACAUGCUCGUUAGGACCACCAGUUGGAGAUCCUGAUUGUCCUCCACCAAAGUGCCGUUGUAAAGAUGGUUUUCAUAAAGAUAACAAAGGCAACUGUGUCCUAUGGGAUGACUGCCCUAAAUGCAAUAAGCCAUUUGAACAAUAUUUUGAUAGUCCAAGGCCAUGCCCUCCACUGACAUGUGAUGCCAUAACCGGCAAGGGUUACGACUGCUCGACUGAACCAGGCCCAUCCGAAGAUCCUUGUAUAUGCUAUAAAGGAUAUUAUAGGAACAAAAUCAGGGAAUGUAUUCUUAAAGAGGAUUGCUUUAAAUGUACUGGACCUCAUGAAUAUUUCUCAUGCGGAGGCGCCUGUGACAAUGUAUGUGCAACAUUGAGCACACAAAACCAAACUAAUUGUCCAAUAGUGAACGUUAAGUGCAACGAAAUGUGCUAUUGCGAGGAGGGUUAUGCACGAAAUGAUAAUAACAUAUGUAUACCAAUUGAAGACUGCAGGCAAUGUGAUUAACAUUACCUGAAUUCUUCAAUUAGGGUUUCAAUAUAAGAUUAAACGCAAAUAGAAUCUCGAUAUGUCCCCCGUAAUGUUUCUAUAAAUCAUCUAGGUGAAUCUAAACCAUGUUCGUUAUAAAAUAAUUCAAAUAACUAUAUUUGAUUGUUACCAUAUUGAAUUACACAAGGCUUCUAAACAGAUUUAUGUACGCUUACCAUAUUCCUCUAUAAUAUAUGUACUAUACUACACUACAAUAGUUAGUUAGCUUCUUUGCCAUAUUAAUUACGUAAAAAACAUUUAAAAAAUUGCAAGUAAAUAAAAAAGCUUUGAGAAUGCUGCUAACAUUACUUUUUUCCCAAAGUUUCCUGCCUGCUUUAAAUGUUUAUUAUUUCAAAAU